AGCUUUAAUUUGACAAAAACCAGUGGUACAUCAAGUGUAAGUGACGUUGUUUGUCGGCAUUUUUGUUUUUAAUCAUUUAAUUUAAUGUUUUGGUCAAAAUAAGAACUUAACAAUGGCUAUGUCCAGUGGAAUCUCAUUCACCAUAGCCCUAAUCAGUGCAGUGUUGAUAUUCUCCGGAAUGCAGAUGUACAAGCCCUGGUUGGUCUCCAGCCAGAUGCAUACUAUAUUAGGAGGAUACUUGGGUUCCAUAUUAUUUAUUUUCAUAGUAACAGCCUGUGGGAAUUUGGGAAAUGUUGUCUUUGGGAAGUCCAUGCAAGUUAAAUUAUUCCCUGAGGUGGCAUUUUCAUUAGCUUUAGCUAUUUUUUCAACUGGGUCCAUUCACCGCGUGUCAGCUACAACCUGUGUGUUGUUUUCUCUUGUUGCACUAUACUAUAUAAACAAGCACUCUCAAAAAGUAUAUGCAACACCAAUCACUACAAAUAGUGCACCAUCUGGAAAGAAGAGGAAAUAACUCAUUUACUUUAGUAAUAUAUAUAUAUAUAAAACAUAUACUCUUAAGAAUCUCUUAAAUGUAAUCAUCUAAGUUCCAAUAAAAAAAAUGUAACUUUUAUUGUCUACUAGACUCUUAAAUGUAAGAUGGGUUUGGGACAAAGAAAUAAAAUACACAAUAUAUUCC